GCCACGAACGCGAUUACGCGUUUGACGUCACUUCCGUCGUUCUGCUGCAUUGUGGGAGCGGGAAAACGUUACAAAUACUCACGUUGCCGCUUCCGUGUGAUUGUAAACCAUAAAGGUUCUUAUUUGCUCCCGAGCUGUUAAAGGUUUUUUUUCCAUCAUGUCUAUCGGGGUCCCCAUUAAAGUUCUGCAUGAAGCUGAGGGUCACAUAGUCACCUGUGAGACCAACACUGGUGAGGUGUACAGAGGCAAACUGAUUGAAGCUGAAGACAACAUGAACUGUCAGAUGUCCAACAUCACUGUGACGUAUCGUGAUGGCCGGGUGGCGCAGCUGGAGCAAGUCUACAUCCGUGGUAGUAAGAUCCGCUUCCUUAUCCUACCGGACAUGUUGAAGAAUGCUCCUAUGCUAAAGAGCGUGAAGAAUAAGAACCAGGGAGCCGGAGCCGGUCGUGGCAAAGCUGCAAUUCUUAAAGCUCAAGUGGCUGCAAGAGGUCGAGGCCGGGGAGGGCCAGGAGGACGAGGAAACAUCUUCCAGAAAAGACGAUAGUUUAUCAGAACUCUGUACAGUCUUUUUUCUAUUUUUUUUUUUUCCUGCCCCCAUUAUCUUUUUCAUUCAUGACCCACUUUUGGUUUGUAGUGCCUGAUUUUGUUUUCCUUAUUAAUUUACUUUUUACCUUUUUGUAAUUGACUUGUUGGGUUUUUUUUGUAAUUGAACUGAAUAAUUCAUUUCUCAUUGGUUUUGGAACAAUGGAAGAAAUGUGAAUGAAGGUGUAAUUAUUAUUACGCUCUAAUGCUGGUGUUUCGCAUUGCGAGGAACGCCGACUGCUUCGGUUCUAUUUUUUUUUUUGUAAAAUGUGUUUGUAUUGGAAUACAUCACACUCUUAAUAAAGGUUAAACAGUUUAA